AUGCGCCGACACGCUCACGCUAACAGUUCGGCAGUGUCUGCGCCCGCGGGCAAAGCGCUGGCAGUCGGUGGCACCUGCUUUGGCUGUCUCCUCGAACCUGCCCUGACUCUUCAAUCGAUCGUAAACUUGAUACGCUCAACUGUCCAUACGAAGCAGGUCGUCGAUCGGGUAGAAGGAAGCUGGGCAGGAAACCGGAACGAACGUCGCUGGCAACCUCACCCGAAAUUGCUGCAGUCGUUCAUACGUUGCACCCUGUUGCGACCAGGUGAUCUCGAGCUUGAGCUCGGCAGUCACGCCCCACGUGGUGAACACGUAUCCGCGUCUAUCGUGCAAAAAAGCGGUCGCUCCACCACGAUCGUGGCAUCGCAAAGGAAGUUUGACCUCGAACUUCAAGCACGUGGCGGCACUUCCUCCUACCCUCGUCUCUACAUGACGUCUGUGCCUGCAAGAAGAGCAUAUAGACGUCGGGUGAGGGUGUGCUCGACAAAUUUCGACCCAACUCGACCCGAUUCAGGCUCAAAAAUUCGGCGAACGCAAACCGGACAAGCUCUGGUCUCGCCUUCUAUACAUCAGGCAGGCAGGCCGUCAGUCAGUCAGUCGAGCCGCCCAUCCGGUCGUCGAUCGCCCGCCCGAGUCCGACUUUCUAGGUCAACGACUGGACUGGCCACCCCCGGCCUUCCGAGGGCCACGCAUCUCUCUCUGAUCGCAUUCCAGAAUCUUCGUCGAGCCUCCAAAGCUGCGGCUCGCAUGACUUCCCUCGCGACGCUCUCGGUGCGCGUCACAGGGUUCGACUACUCGACGUUCCACACGUACACGACUGUCGUGACGCUCGAGAACGUGUCGUGGACAGUGGCUAUUCGGUACCGAAAGUACCAUGCCUUCUUCGAGCAGCUCCGCAGCGCCGAGCGUAGUUUCAAGUUUGACUUCCCGCCCAAGAGCGGCUUGUUCUACUCGCCAAAGCCCGAGGAGCGCAAGCUUCGACUGGAUGCGUUCAUGCAGAGUGUGACGGCCUUUUACUUCAAGAGGAGGCAGCCGCGAGUGAUGAGUAAACUCCUGCGCGAGUUCUUGCAGGUGGACAAGCGGUUGAAGGCGGCCAAGAAGGUGCAGAAGGUCGCGGGGGAAGCAAAGCCAAUGGGAGGGGACAAGAAGGACAGCAAGAAGGGGAUGGUGGACAAGAAGGAAGCUGUCAAGCCUAAGGACGGGGAGAAGAUCGAGCUCUCGAAAGGAGCUCAGGAAGGCAAGAAGGUGCUGGAGGAUGCUGCUAUUGGCGCGGCUGUGGUAGCUGUGAUCAAGGAUAACGCGGUGAGUGAAGAGAAGAAGGAGACAACUGGUAGAGCGAAGAAGGAGGAGGGGGUCAAGGGUGACGAGAAGGUAAAUGGUGAAGUGAAGGUGGACGAGGUGAAGCUGCAGGAGAAGAAAGAGGAAGCAAAGGUGGCGGCGGAGGAGGAGAAGGUCGUGAAGGUGGAGGAGAGGGAGGCCUUGGACGUCGAGUCUACGCCGGUUAAAGUCGAGGCGAAGGAGGUGGCGAAAGCAGAAGAGGAGGUGGUGGUGGUAGUGAAGGAGGAGAAACAGAAAGCAGGGUAUCAGGCCGAGGUGAAGCUGGGUGAGGGUGAGGUGAAGAUGGAGAAGGAAGAUGAUGUAAAGGGGGUACCGAGUGAGGAGGUCAAGGUUGAGGAGGGGACGCCAAGUACGACUUUGACGACGACGACUACGACGACCACGACGACGACCAUGUCAAGCGGAUCCACUGUCGUUGAGACGAACGUGAUGAGUCAACUGUCGCCAACCAAGACGGUGGUGGAUAAGACGGUGACUAUCACGAGCAACUCGGACGACCAGCACUCGUUCAAGGUGGAGAUGACAGAAAGGAAGAAGUCGGUGGUUACGCUUUUGGCUGCUGCCAAGGAUAUGGUCGAGACUGUGGAACAGGAGGCCAAGGACAUGGUCGAGACUGUGGAACAGGAAGCCAAGGACGUGGUAGAGACUGCGGAACAGAAGGCCAAGAAGAAGAAACGCAACCGCAAGAAAUCUGUCAGCAAAGCCCCACUGUCAUCAGCAUCGACAGUGAGCGAUGGCUUUGAGUCGCCGGAUGGUGUGGACGACGUUGGUCGUGUCUCGGAUCUUUCCGAGUCACAAAAGAAGGCUCGCAACCAACGCCGUAAGGAGAAGCGAAAGAAGAAACAGAAGCGACUCCACUCUCUGGAUCUCAAGGCGUAA